GGUGCAUUUUCCCAGUUCCCUUUUAAAUGACUGCGGAAAAACAGACUCUCGGAGCCGCAAAUGGGGAAGACGGAUUCUCAGACAAGGCUUGCGGAUGCCCCGCAGCCAUCAUUUAACUGCGCCCGCAGAGCAGUUACGGUUUGUCACCCGAGCCUCCAGGAUCGCCUCGUUUGUCCCUAGUGAGACCCCGAGGCUCUGCACGCGCCGGGCUUGUCGGUAGCUGGAUGCUUGUCUUGCUCUGGGCAGCGCGGGCGCAGGGCACGCGUUCGCGCACACCCGCGCACACACGAAAUCGCGCAAGAGCUGAACCGAGCCCGGUUUCCAUUUCAAAAAAGGAGACAGCCUCUACUGCGACGAUAGAAGAGACAGCGGUGUGAAGUAGGGACUGAGAGGCGUCGAGCGGUGGAACGGUCCAUCUCGGAGACUAAUUUUCUGGAGUUUCUGCCCCUGCUCUGCGUCAGCCCUCACGUCACUUCGCCAGCAGUAGCAGAGGCGGCGGCGGCGGCGGCGGCGGCUCCCGGAAUUGGGUUGGAGCAGGAGCCUCGCUCGCUCCUUCGCUCGCGCUCUCCGCGCUCAGUGCCCGGCGGCAGGAGGAGCCUGCACCCAGGCGCCGCGGGCGGGCGGUAGGCGCCGGAGCCCGGCCCCGAGGUGCGUCCCGGAUCCCAGUGCGCGUCUAGCAAGGAGCCUGCGUCCCGGGGAGUGCCGGCAGCGCCGCGGGCCGGUGCUCGGCGCGCCGGGCCAUGCAGCGGCGGCCGCGGCGGAGCUCCGAGCGGCGGUAGCGCCCCCUGUGAGGCGGCCCGAGAUGCCCCGGCCACUGUGAACGGUGCCGCCCGCCAGGACACGCUCAGCCCCGGACACGCUCGGCUCUGCGCGCCCGCGACAGGCACCGGGGCGAGGGAGCGGCGAGCGCGGCACAGGCCGCCCAAGCAGGGGCAGGGGAGGCCGGCCGGUGCAGCGCGCCGACACGUACUCAGUCCGACUCGGGCUGGCACUGGCGGCUAGGGAUGUCGUCCUGGACGAGGUGGCAUGGACCCGCCAUGGCGCGGCUCUGGGGCUUCUGCUGGCUGGCUGUGGGCUUCUGGAGGGCCGCUCUCGCCUGUCCCACGUCCUGCAAAUGCAGCGCCUCUCGGAUCUGGUGCAGCGACCCUUCUCCGGGCAUCGUGGCGUUUCCGAGGUUGGAGCCUAACAGUGCAGACCCUGAGAACAUCACCGAAAUCUACAUCGCCAAUCAGAAAAGGUUGGAAAUCAUCAACGAAGAUGACGUUGAAGCUUAUGCAGGACUGAAAAAUCUGACAAUCGUGGAUUCUGGAUUAAAAUUUGUGGCUCAUAAAGCGUUUCUGAAAAACAGCAACUUACAGCACAUCAAUUUUACCCGAAAUAAACUGAUGAGCUUGUCUAGGAAACAUUUUCGUCACCUUGACUUGUCUGAGCUGAUCCUGGUGGGCAAUCCAUUUACAUGCUCCUGUGACAUUAUGUGGAUCAAGACUCUUCAGGAGACUAAAUCCAGCCCAGAAACUCAGGAUUUGUACUGCCUAAAUGAAAACAGCAAGAAUAUUCCCCUGGCAAACCUGCAGAUACCUAAUUGUGGUUUGCCAUCAGCAAAUUUGGCUGCACCCAACCUCACUGUGGAGGAGGGAAAGUCUAUCACAUUAUCUUGUAGCGUUGCAGGCGAUCCAGUUCCGAAUUUGUACUGGGAUGUCGGUAAUCUGGUUUCCAAACAUAUGAAUGAAACAAGCCACACACAGGGCUCCUUAAGGAUAACUAACAUUUCAUCUGAUGACAGUGGAAAGCAAAUCUCCUGUGUGGCAGAAAAUCUUGUAGGAGAAGACCAAGAUUCUGUGAACCUCACUGUACAUUUUGCUCCAACUAUCACAUUUCUCGAAUCUCCAACCUCAGACCACCACUGGUGCAUUCCAUUCACUGUGAAAGGCAACCCCAAACCAGCGCUUCAGUGGUUCUAUAACGGGGCCAUAUUGAAUGAGUCCAAAUACAUCUGUACUAAAAUCCAUGUUACCAAUCACACGGAGUACCAUGGCUGCCUCCAGCUGGAUAAUCCCACUCACAUGAACAAUGGGGACUACAAGUUAGUAGCCAAGAAUGAGUAUGGGAAGGAUGAGAAACAGAUUUCUGCUCACUUCAUGGGCUGGCCUGGAAUCGAUGAUGAACCUGGGGGAAGCUACUGGAAGAACAGCGCGGGCAUCUGCCAAGAUGGCCGCACUGACUCCUUGCGGAUAUCGAUGAGUAACAAUGACAAAAAUGCAGAAUAG